GUUUAUACUAUAUUUUAUUUCUACUUCUUCUACUUCUUCUUUUCAACUAAUCAUUUUCAUUGCUAUAUUGAUGCCGUUAUUGUUUAUAUUUAAUGGUAGAAGAAAAAGAAGCAGAAAACAUAAACGAAAUUCGCCCACCUUGUGCCUUUCACAAACAACAAAAACAACGGAAUAAUAAAAAAAAAAUUAUUCAAAUCAAAAAUUAUGCUGAUUAUUGUUUAGAUACAAUUCAAGAACAGUAACGUCAUCAUCAUCAUCAUCAUCACUCAUGGGAAUCAAUUCCAGAAUUGCAUAAAUUCAUAUCGUUGAAUGAUGUAAUCUCAUGAAAAAAUUUUUAACGAAUUUAGAUCUUUUGAAAACAAACAACAACAACCAAAAAUGCAGGGAAUCAAAUUCAAAACUAAUAAACAACAAUUUGAUUUGAAAAAAUCUUUAUCAAAAUUAUUUGAUUAUAAACGUGAUUGUUUUAGUCGAUUACGAGCACUGAAAUCUAUUUGCGAUGCAAAAGAAAUCAAAGAAGUUAAAGAAACUUUUAUGAGUAAUUAUUCAGUCAUCUAUUCGGUUUUUCAUGAAACAUUUGUCAUAUUGGAUUCGGUUAAAUUCAAUGGACACCGAAAGAAUACCACCGAAGAUGAUAGAUUAUUAUUUUAUAUAUUCGAAAAAAUUUUGAUUCUUUUGCCAGAAAAAUUAGAAAAACGAUGGCAAAUGAAUAGUUUGAUUUUUAUAUUUCGAAAAUGUUUACAUCCAACCAAUCUAUUAUCUAUCCGCUUGGAAGCGAUGCGUUUAUUUCUGAUUUAUUACCAAAUUCUUGGCGAAACAAAUUUACGACAAAAUCAACAAAUUGAAUUCCUUUAUGCAUCGCUAAUUCCUGGUGUCGUUUUAAAUGAAACAACUUGCACGAAUCAACAUCUAGCCGAAUCUCCAUUGAUCGAUCCGAAUCAAGUGAAAUAUUAUGGAAUUCGUCCAUUUCCAAUUGAACCAUUUAUCUUGAAUAUUGAUCAAUCAUUAAGUUCAUUGCAUUCAAGUAAUUCUUCAUCAGUAACACAUGGCAGUAACAUAAACAGCAGCUAUCCUAAUUACGAAUAUAAACAGUACACAAGAAUAUUUUUUACUCUACAUUUAUUAGAUUAUUCAAUAUCACAAUGUGCAAAAAUUUAUUGGCGUGAUCAUCGAGAACGACGACAUCUACGUGGAUUUGAAUUUCUUUUUUCAUCAUUUUCACGAAUUUAUUUGCCUUAUAUUUUUCCAGUAUUGGCAACAAAAAAUCAUAAUGAAAAUGAAUGGAAUGAUUUUACAAUAAGAUUAUUGAUUUCGAUUUAUCAUCCAACUAAUGAAUUGCCCAAAUUGAGACGAUUUCGUGAUCAUUAUCCCAAUCAAAAUGAACAUGUGCCUUUCCUACAAGCUGUCGUAAUCCAAUGGUUUGCCAAAUAUUUAUUGGGUAAAGAAGGUGCCAGCAAUCAAAACAAUGGCCAAACGGCAACAUUGACUCCCACUAAUUCAACAACAGAUCCAUUGUCGAGUAAUUUAUCCAAGUAUUCAACUUCACAAUCAAAUUUGUUACAUUCAUCCAGUUUAAGUAGUCUAUUGUCAACGUCACAAUCAUCAUCAUCCAUGUCUUUAUUCAAUCAAUCAUCAUCGAAAACUCUGUUAAACAAUCAACAAAACAUGAUAACCAGCCAAACAUUUGAAUAUGAAAGUGAAAUAUUUCGUUCAUUAUUAAAUUCACGAAGAUUUUAUGUUGAUCUGGUGUUAAAUCUUUUUCAUCAAUCGUUCCUAUGGCCAUUUCAUGAAGAUCUUACUACAACAAUGCGUGAUGUGAUCAAAGUAUUUCGACAAUGGAUUUACAAAGAAAAUAGUAGUCCAUUGCCAUUAUUUUUGGCUGAACCAAAUAAUAAUAUUAAUAGCGGAAAUUUGACAAAUUCACCAUCAAGUUCAAAUCAGCCAAUGACAUUGAUGAUAUCGAAUGAUGAAAAUGUAUGUGCUGGUUAUAUGAAUAUGAUGAACAUAUUCGUCAUGUCCUCAUCGAACGUAUUCUUAUUGGAAGUCCCUUCAGAAAUGGUGCAAAUAUUGGAAAAACAGGUUGAUGUUUCUAAACGGGUAUUCAAUAUUUAUCGAUAUAUGGUGAUGAAAAUCGAAAUGGAACAAAGUGUUUGGGAGAAUCUUGUUCAAGUAUUGAUUCGUGUUACCGAAUGUAUUAUUAGUCCAAAAGUUCCAGCUAAACGUGAAGAUAGUCUUGGCGGCCGUUUGGCUCCUGCUCUUUUUCAAACAUUAGUUGUUACCUGGAUCAAAGCCAAUCUUAACAUACAAGUAUCAAGUCAGCUAUGGGAACAAUUUCAUCAGCUUGUUUCAUCAUUAACCGAAUGGGACGAAUUGAUCAGUGAAUGGAGUAAUACAAUGUUAAUUUUGAAUCGAGUCAUGUCACGUUAUGUAUUCCAUAUUAAUCUUAAUGAAUUGCCAAUGGAUAAAACAAUCACUGAUCGUAAAAGAGAAUUACGAAAUAAACCUAGAUUACAUCAUAUUCGAAGUGUUAGUUCAACACAACCACAACAAUCACAAAACCAACAUCCACAAUCACAUGAAACUAUUAAUCAGACAAAAAAUAUCAAUCAAUCAUCGUCGAAUCAAACUCAACAACAACAUGAUCAGAUUAGUCGAACAUCAACUCAUCCUGAUUCCGCACAAUAUGAUUCAUCCAAAGUUCCAGUUCAACGUUUACUUAGCAAUGAUUCAACAAGUGAUAACAUCAAUGGUUCUCGACAUCAACGAAAAGGAGGUCAUCCAAAAAUAUCAACACCAUUAUUACAUUUGGUUUCGGUGAAUCGACAUCGGGAUUAUCAUAAAAAUCAAUUAAUAAAUCGAUUUCUAAAACGUAGCCUAUCGGAUAGCUGCCUUGUGUUAACUGUACAACAAUCAUUAUGUCCAAUACGCACAUCAAUGCAAUCGAAAAUGUAUUUUGCAAGACGUUCCUAUAAGUCAUCAUCGGCAACGAAAAAUCGAAAAUAUUCGAAAAAGAAUCGGCAUAGAUCAUCUAUAUUACGAAAUAAUAAUUUACCAAUGAUUGAUGAUGACGAAAUCGAUGAAGAAUUAACCAUUGGAAUUGGCGAAAGUUUCGAUUAUCAGCCUGAUUAUUAUAAUGAUAAUGGCUACAAUGACGUGGCUGAAGAUAAUGAUGAUUCAAUUUCAAUGAAUGAAUAUUAUAUGAUUGACUACCUCAGAAGAAAAACAUUGUUUCGAUCAAAUUCUACAAAUGAUAUAGCUAUUAUGUAUUCUGCCCAUCGUCACAAUAUUACCCAUUAUCAUCAUCAUCAUCAUCAUCAACAUCAUCAUCAUCAUCAUUCAAAUCAAACAAAUGGAUCAGAUUCAAUUGCUGAUACAUUAAGUUUAGGAGCAUCAUACACGGGUACAAUUGGUGAAUGUAAUAGUUUAAAAGAAACUCCAUUAACAUUCGAUUCAACAUCAGCUGCUUCUACUUGUAGUUCAUCAAUAACUGAUCAACAAAUUUCUUUUGGAUCAUCAGAAAAUGGAACUGUUUCGAAUAAACAUUGUCACGAUACUAAUCCGUUGGCUAAUCGACCAGUAUUAUUAGGAGGACAAUCUCGUGGAUGGAAUGCUGAAGUUGCUGCUAUUCUUUGGCGAAGAAUGUUGGAAAUACUUGGUGAUCCUAAUGAUAUCGAAGAUCCUAAUCUUCAUCGAAAGGCAUUCGAAUGUCUUGCUAUAAUCACUGAAGAUUUUACAAAAAUUCGUGAUAAUAUUACUUAUCUAAGUGCUGCUUCAUCACAUCAAUCGGGAGAAAAUUGUGGCCAAUUAUUGGUUCCAUCAUUACAUUAUUAUACCUCAUGGUUAUUUAGGGCUACGACAUUACCUCAAGAAUAUAAAUCUGGUCGACUUUUAGCAUAUAAAUUACUUUGCAUGAUUGCCAUGUAUCGUUCCGAACAAGAAUUAAGCAAAGAAUUUUUGAUUCUUUUCUAUUUGGCUUUGAAACGUGCUAUUCUAUCCUAUGAUAUGGAUUUGAUCAAUACCAUUAUCAAAUAUUGUGGAUCGAAAUUCUUUUCUGCCUCACUUUGGGGAUCUUCAUGUCUUUUGUUUCAUUUUGUUAGCGCAGCCAAUGUUGUCAUUGGUUCAACUGAAGUCAAAACGUAUCCACGUAUUGAAUCAUUACAAUUGCUUGGUUCAUUGAUUGGAUUUUUCGACGUAUUCAGCAAUGUACUUUGUCUUCGUAGUACUGAUACACUUAGUCUUGAACCAUACACUGAUCUUAAGGAUCAUGUAAUUGAAAUAUUGAUUGGCGCCAGUAAACGCGAACAAACUGGAUUAGGACGUGUCAUUUCAUUCUGUAGUUUGGGUAUAUUUCUAUACCGUGAAUUCAUUAAAGGCUCCGAAUUUAAUCGUAUCAAAGAUAUUAUCAACAUUUUAGUUGCUGGAACAAGGAUAUCGGUUAAACGAGCCAAACCGGCAGCUUCACCAACACGACCAAUUACCGACGCCACCACCAACAUGGCUGCUGCUGCUGCUGCUACUACUGUUUUUAAUAGUAAUUCGGCUGAUAAUUCGAAGUUCAAUAAUCGUGUAAUAUGUCGUGUCGCUUGUGACAUGUUACGAUUGAUUGCUGAUCAUUCAAAUUACCUGAUGAACAAACAUCCAGAUCUAGCUAGACGUAUAAUCGAAGGUCUAUGCUAUACUUUUGAACUUCAUAUCGAUGUUCUUAAACAGAAAACUUUGUUGAAAGAUUUCAAAAAUCUUCUACUGUGUAUCAUGUUUUGCCUAUCACAUUGGUGUAUGUCAGUCAGUAAAGAUUUUCUUUUGAAUACAUUUGUAACGGAAGAAUAUCCUGGAAAAAUUUGUCAACCAAAUCCGAUAAUUAAUAAUCGAAAAUCUUCGGAUGAAUCAUCAAGAUCUAAUCAAAUUAGACCGUGUUUACUUGAUUUAGUCAUUUCUUUAUACAUAUCAGUGGUGAAUUUGGAUCCAGUAGCAUUGGUUAAAAAUCAAUCACUAAAUUCUUCAACUUCAGAAGCAUUAAAAAAUUCACCACAAGUAGGUGAUAUGGAUACAAUGGAUUAUACCAUUAUAAGUUCAACAAAUUCACCAAGGAAUGAAGAUAUGUUGACUACUAUGAACAAUAAUAAUCGUCAUCGCGGUGGCGGUUUAACACCAUCAUUUGAUCAACAGAUUGAAAAUGUUUCUACAUUGAAAAAAGCAGCUAAUCUAAUUUUAUUACAUUUCAUGAAUUUUAUGGGCCAUUUUCCUUUACCUAAAUUGCGAUCAGCAUUAUUAAGUGCAUUGAUCAAUGAAAAUGAUGAUAAUCCAUAUGUUUCCUCGGCACAAUAUGACAAAGUCGAUUAUGAAUCUCUUAAUGCUCCAAAUGUUCUUGUUUUCACUAUUAAUGAUACUUGUUUAAUGUCAUUUGUUGAAUUGCCUAUCGAAGCAUUUGAUUCUACCAUAUGGACAAAAUUUUUAUCAUCCACCACUUCGGAUUCAUUCAGUUUGUUUUCAGCUAAACCGAUUCGUAUAAUCAUACGUAAUGUGUUGGGAAAAUUUGCAUGGGACUCUAUAAUGCUUGCAUCACCAUUGGUUCCUGAUAAAAAUUCUAUAAGUCGUCCAUUAAGUUCAUUAGCAAGUGAUCAAUCGGCCAAAUCGACAAGUCCAGAUCUGGCUGAUGAGGAAGAUGAAAAUGCAAUGAAUUGUUACAAGAAUUCUUUGGCCAAAGAUAGCCUUGAGCUUUUAGUGAAUUCCAUAUACGAAACUACACCUGAAUGUCGUCCGAAAACUUUGACAACAAAUGAUGAUUUUUUACAUUCAUUAAAUCAAAUGCCUGAAGCAGUCGAUACAUUGGCAUUAUUGAUUAAUCAACAUUUUCAAGAAUCUCAAUUUAAUGAAGAUCCAGAAUUUAAUAGUCGCCAUUUUAAAGUCAAUCCAGAUCAAUCAUCACCCGAUAUUGCAUCGAUUGAUAAUAAUAGCUACAAUUCGUCAACUGAUUCAAGUAGUACAGAUCUUUUGGAUCCAGUUAAAGCUUUUCAACAUUGUCGACAAAUGAUUGAACAAUUUGGAUUUCUAUCAUGGGAAAAACGUAAACAAAUUGAAUUACUUUCAAAAAGUCAAUCAACUGUACGUGAAUUGCGACAUUUGGAUAAUCAACAAUUUCGAGAUCAACAUAAGAUUGCCGUCAUUUAUGUGGGACCUUGCCAAGAGACUCGUGAAAGUAUAUUACUUAAUAAAUCUGGAAGUCGAGCUUUCGAAGAAUUUGUCUCUCGUAUCGGAUGGGAAGUGAAUCUUGCUACUCAUGCUGGUUUCAUGGGUGGUCUGCAAUCCAAUUUAAGUACUGGACUAACAGCACCAUAUUACGCCGAUUCAUUCAAUGAAGUUAUAUUUCAUGUUUCCACACGUCUUGAACCAGUCAAUAAUGAAUUAUUAAAUGCCAAUACUAGUCAACAACAACAACAACAACAGCAACAACAAUCAAUUGAUAAACAACAACUUAUGAAUAUGAAGAUGAGACAUUUAGGAAAUGAUGAAAUACAUAUUGUUUGGUCUGAACAUUAUAAAGAAUAUCGUCGAAGUAUAUUAGCCACUGAAUUUGGUGAUGUUUUGAUUGUCAUUUAUCCAUUACCUGCCAAUACAUUUCCGAAUUUAUUUCGUAUUCAAAUAAUGCGUAAAGCAGAGGUGCCAUUUUUUGGACCACUUUUUCAUGGUGCCGUUGUACAUCGUGAUGAACUGGCCGGUCUAGUACGAGCAACUGCAAUCAAUGCAUCACGUGGAAAACGUUUGAAUAUGGAUGAUUAUAAGCCAUAUUUUGAAACACGUCAUGAUACUAUCAAAAACUUGAUCACUAAAUAUAAAGAUCCUACAAUUUUCGAAGAAUUUGCUAAUCGUAUUUAUGCACCACGUUAUGAUCUAUUGCAUAGUGAAAAACUUUACGCAACUUAUGAUCUAACAAAAUUAAUGGAUUCCGGUUUUAUAACAUUAGAAGACUUUAUUCAUUGUACAUUAAAAACAAAUCAAUCAUUAGUUUCAAUACCAUCAACACCUCAUUCAAUGACUAAUGAGCCAACCUCGCCAGCAUCAUCAACUAUGUCAUCGGAGAUAUCAUUCUGUCAACAACAAUAUCAAACGAUGUCAUCACCACAGUCUCCUUCAAUACAAUCACCAGCUGUGAUGGGUGGCGAUUCAUCGGCAAUGAUGAUGUCAUUUAAAAUGGCUAACGUUUCCGGUCACUAUCCUGGUCCUCCAUCAACAUCAUCAAAUAGUUCGGGUACUUCAUUACGAGGUUUACGACCAAGUAGCCGAAGUUCAUUUAAAUAAAUGAUUAAAUUUUUUUUCCAAUAAUUUUAUUUUGUAAAAAAAAAAAAAACAAAUAAAUUAUUUUAA